AUGGGUCUCUGGCUCCAGCUAUUUGCAUUUGAUGUUAUUGGCGAAGUGACCUUUUCACAGCGCUUCGGCUUGAUGGACAUUGGCAAGGAAUCGGAUGUCAUUAAGCAAAUCAAAAACGUCUUGAAAUCGACAUCGUGGGUCGGACAGGUGCCAUACAUCUACAAGAUCCACCAACUGCUAAGUCCAAUCGUUGGGAACAGGCUCUCCCUCACAGCAAGGAACGGAAGUCUCCGUCAGUUCACAGCGGAUCAGGUACAGUCCAGGGUAUUGCGUGGAAGCGAUCAUCGGGAUAUGUUGGGAAGAUUCCUAGAGAUCAACAAAGCUAAGCCGAUUGACUUUGAUGAAGCUGCUCUUCUUUCAAUGACUGCAAGCAAUGUAGCGGCAGGUAGUGAUACUACUGCAAUAUCGCUCCGGUCCAUGUUAUAUUACCUACUUAAGGGCUCCAGGUGUAUGCAAAAGCUUGUAACAGAAAUCGAAAAGACGACAGAGGGAAUGCCGCCAUACUCAGUAGUGACCUAUGAGCAAGCUACUGCGAUGCCAUAUCUCCAAGCUGUGAUGAAUGAGGCAAUGCGAAUCCACUCUAUCGUUGGCCACAGCAUGCAACGAGUUGUUCCUAGGGAAGGCAUUCAGAUUGGACAAUACUACAUCCCAAGCGAAGUCAUAAUAGGUACAAGCCCUUACGUACUCGGUCGAUCCGAAGGCAUUUAUGGACCUGACGCCAAAACUUUUCGCCCGGAGAGAUGGCUUGAGGAUGGAAAGAAAUAUGAUCUUUGUUAUCUUGCUUUUGGAGGUGCUUCAAGAUUGUGCAUCGGUAAAAGUAAUGGAAACCCUCUAGAUGAAGGCGCUUUUGGAAAUGACUAA